AUGAAGCGCAAGCUCAGUUCUGAUCAUGUUUCAGAAAUCGAAGAUCAAUUGCUCUCGUUCGGACGGAAGCAGCUCCGAUCGAAGCUUUGUCGCCGGCGGCGGCUUCACAUCUCACCUAUCGUUGUAUUUUCCGGAAACGAUUCACAUUUUACAACAGUAAGUGAGGUCUCGGGUGACUCUAGCAUCGGAUCGGUGAGCAAUCCGAAUCCGCAGGAAAUUCAUGACAAGUCUAGUAGAAUUGUUACUAGAUCAUAUUAUAGGAAGGUUUUUAGGAAUGCGAGCAGAAAUCACGAUGAAACGGUGGAGUUAUCGGAUGUUUCAUGCGUGGAAUCGUGUUCUGGAACGAACAGAGACUUGAAUUUGAAGAGUUCGAAUGUGGAGGAACUGGAAGUUGAAGGAGUCGAGGUCACCAAAUCUGAAGUUUCUAGUGCUUUGCGGUUUUCGCUUCCCGCGAACGACGCGACGGUGAAGGACAAUCAGAGCUCUGUUGGAAAUGCUGUCGCCUUGGAGAUUUCUGGCGUUGGCGAGAUGUCCUGUGAAGAAAUUACAAAUUCCGCAGCUGAAAACGAUGUCGUAUCACUUAAUUCCGCAGCGAAUGCAACCAAAACUAUUGAAAAUGAAAAAGCGUCUGAAGAAAUCCGACCUCCAAGCCUCGUCGCAUUCGACUUCGAUUUAGCUUGCUCGGAGCAGUUCUCCAGCGGCGCCGUUACUAAUGAUGGCGAAGAAAUAUAUGAUGAGGAGGAGCAUAACUCCUCAUCGUCAGGAUUUUUGUAUGCGGUUUCGGAUUCUGAAUUUAGUUCCGACUAUACGCCGUCAAUCUGGAGUUGCACUUCCGGAAGUCAAUUUUCUGAGAGGUCGUACGGAGACGAGAGUUCUUCGCCUACUUUUGAGUUAUUCGGGAAAUUUAAACAGCAGUUCUACAGAUCGACCUUUUCCUUCAAUGAUUGUGAUGAUCAUAAUUCGGAUGAAGUCAAUGGAUUGGGGCUAGAAGACGAAGAAGAUGAAGAGAGCUUCAGGAUGAUGAGGAUGAGAGAGAGGAGACAAGUAUAUGUGCAUGAUUAUGCAGAGGAAUACUGUAAUGAUACUACCUAUGGAGACCUAGUCAUUCAGCAACGCUUGCAUAUGGUCCACUGGAUUGUCGAGCAAGCUACCAAAGUGGAGCUUCAGCAGGAAACCAUGUUCCUAGGAGUCAAUCUUCUGGACAGGUUUCUUAGUAAGGGAUACUUCAAAAGUGUGAGAAAUCUUCAGAUUGCUGGCAUUGCAUGCCUCACUUUAGCCACCAGGCUUGAAGAAAAUCAACCCUACAACUGUGUUCGGAAGAAGUCAUUUUACGUUGGUAGCACUGUUUAUGCCCGGUGUGAAGUGGUGGCUAUGGAGUGGCUAGUUCAGGAAGUCCUCAACUUCAAAUGCUUCCUGCCCACUGUGUACAACUUCCUUUGGUUCUACCUUAAAGCUGCAAAAGCUAACGAGAACUUGGAGAAGACAGCCAAAUACCUUGCAGUACUCACGCUGAUGGGCCACCAGAUGCUUUCCUACUGGCCAUCAACUGUGGCAGCUGGACUUGUUACUAUUGCUUCAAUUGCAACUGACCAAGAUGCUUCCUGCCACUUGGUCACAAAGAUUCAUGCAAGUCACAAUGAUAAAGAUUUACCAGAAUGCAUUAAGAGUAUGGAAUGGAUGGUGAAGUACCUCUAGUAGCUGUAGCAUUCAUGGACAAAAUUUUGAAGGCCAAUCACUCUUUUGCAGUAGUAUCAUUCUUUCUUGUUCACCGAUUGUCAUAGAUCGAGUAGAAUUUGUAAGCAACACAUAUAAUUCUCACUGUAAGCAAUAAAUAUAAUUCUUACUGUAAGCAGCCCUGAUAAACUGUAGGGUGAUCUUAUUCUUUUCAACUGAUCAUAAACUAGUUACUUCUCAUGUAAUUGCAGUAUUCCCAAAGGAUGUAAUUCGUUACACGUUUAUGAUAUAGAAUGGCGACUUUUUUGUC